UGUCACAGCGAGGCUGCGUCCAAUCUCCACUUUGGAUUUAAUUGUCUUUAGCCAAGGGGCGGGCCAUACUGUCAGCUCCACUUCUUCUGACCCGUGUCGGCAUAAAGGCAUUCAGUACAGAGGAAUGGUGACAGCUGAGAGAGAGGAACACUAUACAUAGCCGCAGCCAUGAAGGAAAUCAUGGCACAAAAAGAGAAGCUCCAAUGCCUGAAGGACUUUCAUAAGGACACCCUGAAACCUUCACCUGGGAAGAGCCCAGGCACGCGGCCCGAGGACGAGGCCGAAGGCAAGGCCCCUCAGAGGGAGAAGUGGGCCAGUAAGCUCGACUUUGUCCUGUCCGUCGCGGGAGGCUUUGUCGGAUUAGGAAACGUUUGGAGAUUCCCUUAUCUUUGUUAUAAAAAUGGUGGAGGUGCUUUUCUCAUCCCUUACACUAUCUUCCUGUUCGGGGGUGGCCUGCCUGUGUUUUUCCUGGAAGUGGCACUGGGCCAGUACACCUCUGAAGGAGGGAUCACCUGCUGGGGCAAACUGUGCCCCAUCUUCACUGGUAUCGGUUAUGCGUCUAUUGUGAUCGUGUCCUUGUUGAACAUCUACUACAUCGUGAUCUUGGCUUGGGGACUCUACUACCUGUUCCAGUGCUUUCAGCCCGAGCUCCCCUGGGCAAAAUGCAAGCAGCCGUGGAACACAGAGCACUGCAUAGAGGACACAGUCCGCAAGAACAAGACCCUCUGGCUGGCGGCCAACAUUACCAACUUCACCUCCCCCGUCACCGAGUUCUGGGAACGAAACGUUCUGAGCAUCUCCUCUGGAAUCGAGGACAUCGGGCCCCUGAAGUGGGACUUGGCCCUCUGUCUCCUGGCAGUAUGGGUUAUCUGCUUCUUCUGUAUCUGGAAGGGAGUCAAGUCCACUGGGAAAGUGGUGUACAUAACGGCCACUUUUCCAUUUGUGAUGCUAAUUGUGCUGCUGGUGCGCGGCGUCACCCUGCCUGGAGCGGCCGAAGGAAUUAAAUUUUACCUUUACCCAAAUGUAACUCGCCUAAAAGACCCGGAGGUGUGGAUCGAUGCAGGAACCCAGAUCUUCUUCUCCUAUGCCAUCUGUUUGGGAGCCAUGACGUCUCUGGGGAGCUACAACAAAUACAAGUACAACUGCUACAGGGACUGUUUGCUGCUGGGAGGCCUCAACAGCGGUACCAGUUUUGUGUCUGGCUUCGCAAUAUUUUCCGUCCUGGGCUUCAUGGCACAAGAACAAGGGGUGGACAUUGCCGAUGUGGCAGAGUCAGGUCCCGGCCUGGCCUUCAUCGCCUACCCUAAAGCAGUGUCCAUGAUGCCGCUGCCGACGCUGUGGGCCAUCCUCUUCUUCAUCAUGCUGCUGCUCCUGGGGCUCGACAGCCAGUUUGUUGAAGUGGAAGGACAGAUCACCUCCAUUGUGGAUCUGUAUCCAGAACUUCUCAGGAAAGGUUACCGGCGGGAGAUCUUCAUAGCCGUGAUGUGUUUCAUGAGCUAUCUCCUGGGACUCGCCAUGGUGACCAACGGUGGCAUGUACGUGUUUCAGCUCUUUGACUACUAUGCAGCCAGUGGUGUGUGCCUUUUGUGGGUUGCAUUCUUCGAAUGCAUCGCUGUAGCCUGGGUUUAUGGAGUUGAUAAUUUCUAUGAUGCAGUUGAGGAUAUGAUUGGCUACAGACCGAACCCCUGGAUGAAAUGGAGCUGGACCAUAAUCACUCCUGUUCUCUGCAUGGGUUGCUUCAUCUUCUCCCUUGUGAAGUACAAGCCGCUGACCUACAACAAGGUGUACGAGUACCCUGACUGGGCCAUCGGCCUGGGCUGGGGAUUGGCCCUUUGCUCAAUGAUCUGCAUCCCGAUGGUGAUGGUCAUAAAGAUUUUACAAUCUGAGGGACCUCUGAUCGAGAGGAUCAAAGCGGUGGCUGCUCCAGCGAAGUCGGGCGUGAGCUCUCGGCCCAAAGAGUACAACGUGAAGGCAAGCGAGCUGACGCAGCCCCUGGAUCCCAACGGGAACAAUGGCUUGAUGAAGCCCACCCACACCAUUGUAGAAACGAUGAUGUGAGCGCUCUCUGUGAGAGGAAUACGAUUGAUGUGCUUUCUGUGUUAUCAUCCUAUUUGCUAACUUUGAUAAUGGUAGGUUUACAUUGUCCAGUAUAUUCACGUUAGAGAUACUCUGGUUUGAUUUCUAUGAAGAGAGUUAUAUAUUACUGUUGUAAUUUUUUUUUCUCUUGUAAUUUUUUUCUUUUCUUUUUUUUUUUUUUUACUAUAUUGAUAUUGUCAAUGUUACAAAUGUUGCUGUAGUUGGCAAUGAUUUUGUUUAGGCAGUAUUUUGAGAUAGAAAAAUGUUCAAUGUUUACUACCUUUCUUUUGAUUCCGGGGGAAUGAGGUAUUUGCCUUUUUUGUUUUUUUUUUUUAAAUGUGAUGGAAGAAAAGAGUAAAUUCUCACUCCUCAUAAAUUCAGCAAAUUAAAUAAAUGAUUAACCAUGAACAAAGGUAGAAAAUGUCCUAAACACCCCCACGUGAUUGUGGCAGUCGUGUUGCCCCUGCGAUCUCUAUAAUCUCUUGUUUUUCAUCCCGCAAAUGAAAAUGAAUGUACCUCCGUGAGCAUCUGAGAGCGUUUAGAGCCGCGACACGUGGCAGUAUGCAGUGUAUAGAGUUAAUCUUUGCUUUACAACCUUUGAGUUACGAGUUGAACAAGGCCUUGGCCAAAUACUGUGAGAAAUGCAUUCAUGCGACCGUGGACGACAGCUGAGACAAAAAUACUGAAAACCAGCUAAGAGAAAUGUGAGGAGUAAAGGGAAAUGGCAUUUUUUAGCGUAUUUGUACACUGCCUGUGUGACUACUAUAGUCAGUCCCAGUGCAUUUAUCAAAACCUCUCUUUGUUGCACUUUAUCUGUUGUUUCAACUGUAUUGUAGUAUUUGUUUUUAUUGCUGCUGCAAAGCAUUGCAGAUACAAAUGCAACACAUUAUCAGAAGGAAAUAUUUUUAGCUUCUAACUUUUUGAUAUGGUAAACUUUGGUAUACAGCGUCUACUCUCUUUGCUAAGACAAUGAGAAAUCAGACUAGAUUAGAUUUUUGAGACAUUCGAAAUACUCUGAUUUGUAAUGAUUAAAGAAAUCUCUGAGAACGUCAUUUAAAAAGGAAGAAAAAGUUUUUCUAAACGACCUGACAGCUCUCUCUCUCUUCAUUGUGCUCAUGUUAAGUAGCGAAACCUGCUCCGCAAGACUACCACUGGAUUCUAGUUUCUAAUGUUGGGUUACAUUUGUAUUGUAGAAUUUGAAUUGUUUGUAAAUCACAUAUGCCUUUUUGUAACAAUUUUAUACUGUGCAUCAUCUGAACACCACCACUGACUCAUUAUUUUAUUGAAAUCUCACCAUUGUUGUUUUCUAAUCAUCAGCUGUUGUGAGCCCAGAUGACAUUUUUUUCAGUGUGCAAUAACGUAACGAGGCAUCAGCUAAAGACUAAAUCUGAAGGAUUUCCCUGAAGCAUGUGCAGGAGUCACCUCUGCACUGCGCUGAUUUCUCCACAAAAAAACCGACACGGAAAUUAAAAUGUACCAAAGUAUUUUUGUCUCUGUUUCCCCCCCUUUGAGAUGCACAUUGCAUCAAUUGGUUAUAGAAUAAAUAAACAUCCUUUCCUUUGGA